GGAAGUGACGUCAGUUUUUCGCGUCACAAAUCAAAAGUGAAAGCAAAUGUUCAGAGUUGAUGUUUUUCCAUUUAAACAACCAGCAUCGAUUCUGUACGGAAUAUCAAAGUGUUUCAGAGGAACUAAAGUAUGAUUGUCGUGUAGCUGCUUCAUAGAAAGACGGUGGAUUUUGUGAAUCUGUGUAAAUAAGAGUCAGUGCUGGAGAUCAGAUUCUGUUUCAUCAUGGAGGACACACAAACAUCCACAGAUCAAGAGUUUUCUCCAGGAUGCAGUUCAGUUGAUCAGAAGAGAUCAGAAGAGUCCAGCUGUGUGUCUGUGAGGAGUGAUGCGUCUAUGGAUCGUCCAGUACAGUUUAAGAGUGGAGAUACAAAGACUGAUCUCAGGAUCUGCAGUCAGAGAUCUUCAUCUCCUGAUCACAGCUGUGUGUCUCUGAAGAGUGACGCAUCCAUGGGUCAUCCUCCUAAACUCAGUGGUGAAGCAGUGACCUCUGACCCCAGCAGAGCAGAUGGAGAGCGAAGCAUCUCUGGAGGAGUCUCCUCUGUCUUCUGUCUGAACAACACGAGCGUUACAGCGUCUCAGAAUAAACAUGAUCAAGCAGUGAAUGAUGAACUACAGAGAGUCAAAGAGCAGCACAAAACCAGCAUGAAGAACAAGUAUGAGAGAUUAUGUGAGGGACUGAAACUCCAGGAGAAUGAAAGCCUCCUGAACAGCAUCUACACACAGCUCUACAUCAUAGAGGGAGAGAGAGAAGGAGUGAAUGAAGAACAUGAGGCUUUACAGAUGGAGAAAACAGCCAGAACACAAUACUCACAAGACGCUCCAAUCUACUGCAAUGACAUCUUUCAAGCCUCCGCUGAAGCAGGAUCUGAGGAGAAAGAGCAGAUCAAGACUGUUCUUACUAAAGGCAUCGCUGGAAUCGGAAAAACCGUCUCUGUGCAGAAGUUCAUUCUGGACUGGGCCGAGGGAAAAGCCAAUCAGGAUGUAGAUUUCAUGUUUGUGCUUCCAUUUCGAGAGCUGAACUUGAUCCGAGAUCAUCAGUACAGUCUUCACAGACUUCUGCUGGACUUUCAUCCUGAACUUCAAGAUCUGGACUCACAGAUUUAUGAAGAGUGUAAAGUUGUGUUAAUCUUUGAUGGUCUGGAUGAAAGCAGAAUCACACUGAUGUUUUCAGAUGCUCAGAAAGUUUGUGAUGUGACUGAGACUUCAUCAGUGGCUGUGUUGAUGUCAAAGCUGAUGAAAGGAGAGCUGCUUCCCUCUGCUCUCAUCUGGAUCACCUCCAGACCAGCAGCAGCCAAUCAGAUCCCCUCCGAAUACAUCCACCGUCUGACAGAGAUUCAGGGAUUCACUGAGCCUCAGAAGGAGGAAUAUUUCAGGAAGAGAAUCAGUGAUGAGCAUCAAGCCAGCAGAAUCAUCUCACACAUCAGAAGAGCAAGAAGCCUCCACAUCAUGUGCCACAUCCCCGUCUUCUGCUGGAUCUCAUCCACUGUGCUUCAGAAGCUCCUGGAAGAAGAUCUGAGAGCAGAAAUCCCUCAAACUCUGACUGAAAUGUACAUCCACUUCCUGCUGAUUCAGAUCAACAUGAGGAAGCAGAAGUAUGAAGAGAGAGAUCCAGAGAAACUCCUGCCGUCCAACAGAGAAGUGAUUGUGAAACUUGCUGAAGUGGCUUUCAAACAGCUGAUGAAGGGCAAUGUGAUGUUCUAUGAGGAGGACCUGAUUGAGAGCGGCAUAGACGUCACUGACGCCUCAGUGUAUUCUGGGAUUUGCACUGAGAUCUUUAAGCAGGAAUCUGUGAUUCAUCAGAGGAAAGUCUACAGCUUCGUUCAUCUGAGUGUUCAGGAGUUUCUCGCUGCUUUCUAUGAGAUUCAAUGCUAUUUAACGAAGAACAAGGAGCCGCUGCAUGAAUUCAGACAAAACAGAACUAAUGACUCUCUGUAUGAUCUACUAAGAUCAGCAGUAGAUAAAGCUCUCAAGAGUGAGAAUGGACGUCUGGAUCUGUUCCUGCGGUUCCUGCUGGGCGUCUCACUGGAGUCCAAUCAGAGACUCUUACAGGAUCUACUGACACACACAGAGAACAGCUCAGAGACCAUCAGCAGAACCACACAAUACAUUAAAGACAAGAUCAAGAGAAAUGAAGAUGAUUAUGAUGAUUAUUAUGAUUAUGAUCAUUAUAGUCUCUCAGCUGAUCAGUCCAUCAAUCUGUUCCUCUGUCUGCUGGAAGUGAAAGAUCAGACUCUGUUCAGAGAGAUUCAGGAGUUUGUGAAAUCAAACAAACACUCAGAGGAGAAACUCUCUCCUGCUCACUGCUCAACAAUCUCCUACAUGAUUCAGAUGUCAGAGGAGCCGCUGGAUGAGCUGGACCUCCAGAAAUACAACACAUCAUAUGAGGGGAGAAGAAGAUUGAUACCAGCUGUGAUCAACUGCAGAAAAGCUCGGUUGAGAGAUUGUGGCGUCACAGAAGAAGGUUGUGUUGCUCUGGCUUCAGCUCUGAGAUCAAACCCCUCACACCCGAGACAAUUGAAUCUGUCUUUGAAUAAUCUAGGAGAUUCAGGAGUAAAGUGUCUCUGUGCUGGACUGGAGGAUCCUCACUGUAAACUGGAGACACUGUGUUUGAGUGAUUGUUGCAUCACAGUUGAAGGUUGUGCCGCUCUGGCUUCAGCACUGAGAUCAAACCCCUCACACCUGAGACACUUGGAUCUGUCCGGGAAUAAUCUAGAAGAUUUGGGAGUGAAACGUCUCUGUGCUGGACUGGAGGAUCCUCACUGUAAACUGGAGAAACUUUGGUUGAGUUAUUGUCUUGUCACAAAUGAAGGAUGUUCUGCUCUGGCUUCAGCUCUGAGAUCAAACCCCUCACACCUGAGAGAACUGGAUAUGUCUAGGAAUAAACUAGGACAAUCAGGAGUGAAGAGUCUCUGUGCUGUACUGGAGGACCGUUACUGUAAACUGGAGAAACUGUGGCUAAGUAAUUGUGGCGUCACAGAUGAAGGUUGUGCUGCUAUGGCUUCAGCUCUGAGAUCAAACCCCUCACACCUGAGAGAACUAAAUCUGUCCCAGAAUGAACUAGCAGAUUCAGGAGUGAAACGUCUCUCUGCUGUACUGGAGGAUCUUCACUGUAAACUGGAGCAACUGUGGUUAAGUGAUUGUGGCGUCACAGAUGAAGGUUGUGCUGCUCUGACUGCAGCUCUGAGAUCAAACCCCUCACACAUGAGAAAACUGGGUCUAUCUAUGAAUAAACUAGGAGAUUCAGGAGUGAAGUGUCUCUGUGCUGGACUAGAGGAUCCUGACUGUAAACUGGAGAAACUGUGGUUGAGAGAUUGUGGCAUCACAGAUGAAGGUUGUUCUGCUCUGGCUUCAGCUUUGAGAUCAAACCCCUCACACCUGAGAGAACUAAAUCUGUCUGGGAAUAAACUAGGAGAUUCAGGAGUUAAGUGUCUCUGUGCUGGACUGGAGGUUCCUCACUGUAAACUGGAGACACUGUGGUUGAGAGAUUGUGGUGUCACAGAUGAAGGUUGUUCUGCUUUGACUUCAGCUCUGAGAUCAAACCCCUCACACCUGAGAGAACUGAGUCUGUCUCUGAAUAAACUACGAAAAUCAGAAGUGAAGUUACUCUCUUAUCUGAAAGAUGAUCCAUGUUAUAAACUGGAGACAUUAUACUACUACCCUCAGUAUUGAGACAUCAGUUCAGUUUCCUCAGGAUCAGCUGAUGGUGAAUAAGAGCCGCUACAGAGACGUCACAGUCACACAAUCAACAGAGACUGAAGACACAGGGCUAUGAGACACAUUGGUCACUUAGGAUGAACAAAGUUAAUGUGCUAGGAGUGCACAAUAUUUAUCAUCCUGUAAUAUCGUAAUGUUUUUAAUGAUGUGCAAGGUGACAAUAUAUAAUUUUGCAAAAAAACAAAACAAAACAAAAAAGGUCUUCAGAGUCUUUCACUGUAGGACAUCUCAUUGUGUGAUGUCAAAUUAUUCAAUAUGGAUUUCCCUCAUAUCCCCCUCCCUAAGUGUCAUCACCAAACAUUUCCAAACAUGUUCAAAGUAUCAAAAACAUCAAAAUAUGACAAACAUUUUCAAAUAUUUCCAAAUCAUCCUCACAUUGAUUGAAUCCUACUCUGAUGAGAGUGGGUCCCCAUUUGCUCUCUCUCUCCCUCUCUCUCUCUCUCUGUGUGUGUGUGUGUGCGCGCGCAUGCAUGAGCGUCUGAGCUGAACGAGCAUGGAAGGCGAGAGCGCUGGCCUGCGGGCUGUGUGAGUUUUCUAUCUUUUCUUUGGCAAAGUUUUUUUGUGUGUAUUUGUGGAGGUUUUGCUUGGAGCUAGGGAGAGCGUUCAGCGUGCGCUGUCGGAGAUGGCAGCAGCGGAGAGCGUACAGCUUGAUAAGCUAACGUGACGGAAUGGCAUUAAAGUCAUCUCCGCGGAGCGCUGCUCUAUAGAGGACUGCAGUAUAGCAGUUGCUCAAGUUGUGGGGUAUAACAGUAUCUUAUCUUAGUAUCGGUAUCUAGGAUGAACAGUGCAUUUGUUUUAUUCCUAGAUGACCUGAACAAAGUUAAUGAGAUAGUCGCUAGUGGAAUUGUGCUGAAUGAUUCGUACACACCGGUAAUGCCUUUGAUUCAACCGGCGAAAAAGAUCUUGUUGUCUAAUGUUCCACCUUUUAUAAAGGAUGAAGUGAUCCAAAGAGAACUGGUCAGGCACGGAAAAGUUGUUUCGCAGUUUAAAAAAAUCAAUUUAAAUUGCAAAUCGGCACAGUUGAAGCAUGUUGUUUCUUUCCGGCGGCAGGUGUAUAUGAUUCUGAAUAAUGAGAGUGCGGAGUUGAAUCUCGCUUUAAAGUUUAGAAUUGAUGAUUUUGAUUAUGUGAUUUACGUUACAUCGGAGACAAUGAAAUGUUUUAAAUGUGGACAAGGAAGACAUCUUGCUCGUGAGUGUCCUGAAAAUGUGGAACACGAUGCAGUAGGCCAACGGAAUGGUAUUGAAGGUGAGGGACAGAAAAUUAAUGUGGAGAAUGGGAAUCAGGAAAAAGGAGGGGAAGUGCUUGAGAGUGGUGAACAAACUAAUCAAAAAGAAACUGUAAAUGGAACUAAUGAGAAAGAAGUAGAAGGGGAAAUUGAAAAAGUAAAUGAUGCUGCUGGACCUUAUGUGAAUGAAGAAGUCUCAGGAGACAUCGAUAUGGUGGAGGAUGACAAUCUGUUUAAAACACCGACUUUAAAGAGAAAAACAAGUAAAAAAAAGUAGAGGAAAAAAAGCUAGGAAAGAGCAGGUUAAAGAAGAUCAGAUAAAUGAAAAGAUGGUUCAAGAAACCAUGCCUGACAUUGAACAAAAUAACUCAGAUGACUCUGUGACAGAAAGUGAUUGUGAAUCCGUAAGUUCAGUUGACUCAGUCUCUCAAAGAAGAUCUGGAAGAGUGCUUACACCCUUGAAAAAAUUAAAUCUUUUUUGCAGAACACAAAAGGCAUGAAGGGUGUUCAAGUACAAGAGUUUUUUUCCUGAUACUGAAAUGUUCAUAGAGGCUGCAAAAAUGUCAAUGAAAGAAAUCGGUUUAGGGGGUCUCACAGAGCAGGAAGUAUACAGGUUAAAGAAAUUUGUUCAAAAGGUGAGAUCCAAAAGAUUAAAUGAUGAAAAGGAAGUGUUUUAAUUUUUCUUUUUUCUUUGUCAAUUUCUUGUUUUUGUUUUGCACAGUUUCUUUUUUUUCUCAUUAAUUUAUGAGUAAUUUAAGACUGGGCAGCCUGAACAUGAAUGGUGCAAGAGAUUUCAGAAAAAGAGCAAUAUUUUAUGAGUUGAUAAGGCAAAAAAAGAUUGAUGUCAUGUUUCUUCAAGAAACGCAUAGUGAUUUAAAAAAUGAAAAUGAAUGGAUGAUGGAAUGGGAAGGAAAGGUGAUAGUGAGCCAUAAGACUACCACUAGUGGAGGUGUAGCAAUUUUACUAAGAAAUAAUAUAAAUACAGUCUCUUGUGAAGUAGAGCAUGUAGUCGAGGGACAGUUACUGAAAUUACGGCUUGUGUUUGAACAUUUUUCUGCUGUAUUUAUAAAUGUGUAUGCCCCAGUAUUGGGAGGUGAAAGAGUGAUGUUUUUAAACAAAGUUAGACAUAUGGUAAAGAGUUGUAAAUCUGAAGAGUUUUUAUUUCUAGGGGGUGAUUUUAAUUGUACAGAAGAUGAUAAAAUUGAUAGAAAUCACAAAGAACCACAUAUGCCUUCGCAGUGUGCCUUAAAACAAAUUCUGAAAGAAUAUGAAUUGUAUGACAUUUGGAGGGUUCUAAAUAAAACAAAAAGGCAGUACACAUGGACACAAGUUAUGUGACAAUGGCUAGACUAGACAGGUGGUAUUGUUUUAAACAUCAUUUUAAUAUUAUCAAACAAUGUGCAAUUUCUCCUGUGGGCUUCUCAGAUCAUGGUUUAGUCAGUUGUAAUGUUUUUAUCACUAAUGUAAAGCCAAGAAGUGCUUAUUGGCAUUUUAAUACGGUUUUAUUGCAAGAUAAAUGGUGUUUGGCCAUUUUUGGCAACAGUUUAAGAAUAAGAAGUCAUCCUUUGAUUCUUUGCAACAAUGGUGGGACAUUGCAAAAAUAGAGAUACAGCAACUGUGCCGUAUGUAUACACUCAAUGUUUCGAGAGACAUUUCCCGAUCCCUGAAAGAUCUAGAGAAAGAGAUUAUUGAAAUACAAAAUUUAGUGGAAUCUGUUAGAGACAGAGAAUGUGUUAACAUUUUAAAAGAUAAAAAGAAAAUUUUAGAUGAUUUGUUGGGGGUUAAAGCACAGGGUGCUCUGGUACGCUCGCGUUUUCAGAGUGUAGCACUGAUGGAUGGCCCAACCAGUUUCUUUUUUGGACUUGAAAAGAAAAAUGGCCAAAAUAGAACUAUGCAUUCCUUGUUAUCUGAAUCUGGUACAAAAAUUACAGAGGCUAAGGAAAUAAGAAAAAGAGCGGUAGGUUUUUAUUCCGAGUUAUAUAAGAGUGGUCACGUGGAGGUGAAGGAAAUAGCCAGUUAGUUUUAUGUGAGUCUGCCUAAAGUUUCGGAUGAAGCAAACACUGAGUUGGAAAACCCUUUUACGAAAGGUGAGCUGUACAACGCCCUAAAGAGUAUGGAGUGCGGGAAAGCUCCAGGGAUCGAUGGAAUUCCUGUUGAGUUUUAUAAAUCACUUUGGCCAGUUUUGGGUGAUGAUCUUCUGGAGGUGAUUAAUGACAGCUUGACUAGAGGGUCGCUGCCGACAAGCUGCCGGAGAGCAGUGAUCACCCUGUUACCGAAAAAAGGAGACCUCAGAAACAUAAAGAACUGGCGACCUGUGUCACUCUUAUGCUCUGAUAUAAAAAUCUUAUCUAAAGCCUUAGCGUUUAGGUUGAGAGAAGUGAUUGGUGGGGUCAUACAUAUAGACCAGACAUACUGUGUUCCCAAUAGAUCGAUCUUUGAUAACAUUCAUUUAAUUCGAGAUAUUUUGGACGUCUCUGGAUCAUUGGGUUUAGAUUUUGGCCUUAUUUCCUUAGACCAGGAAAAAGCUUUUGACCGGGUUGAGCAUAAGUACCUCUGGAAGACCCUGAGUGAGUUUGGUUUCAGCCCAGGUUUUAUCAAAAUGAUUGGGGUGUUGUAUGCAAACAUUGAGAGUAUACUCAAAAUUAAUGGAGGGUUGAGUGUUCCUUUUAAAAUUACAAGAGGUAUUAGACAAGGUUGUGCACUUUCUGGCAUGUUGUAUGCUUUAGCCAUUGAACCUCUGCUGUUAAGGAUUAGGGCAAACAUUGAUGGGUGGAGUAUACCGCAAUCUGAAUGUAAGAUUAAGUUAUCAGCUUAUGUUGACAAUAUUGUGGUUAUGAUAAAAAAUCAGGAAGAAGUAAACACUUUACAGGUAAUUUUAAAUGAGUUUGGUCAACUGUCUUCAGCUAAAGUAAACUGGUGUAAGAGUGAAGCCAUUGUAGGAGGAAAAUGGGAAGGUAGAUGUCUUCCUAAACUACCAGCUGGUCUUGAGUGGAAGAAAAGUGGUUUUAAAUAUUUGUGGCCAAAAAUGUCUUUAAGAGGACAUGUGACUAUUAUUAAUAAUCUGGUGGCUUCGACGUUCUGGCAUCGUUUGGCUUGUAUUGAGCCACCAAAUGGACUUCUCUCAAAACUGCAGACGGUAAUAGUGGAUUUUUUCUGGACUAAACUUCACUGGAUACCGCAGAGUGUUCUCUAUCUUCCUAGAGAGGAAGGGGGACAAGGACUGAUACACAUGGUCAGCAGAGGAGCAACCUUUCGUUUACAGUUCAUUCAAAGACUUUUAACAGGCCCAGAGGAUCUGGUUUGGAGAAAUGUUGCUGUAUCUAUUUUAAGACGAGCUGGAGGUCUGGGAUUGGACUUUAGUUUGUUUUUAAUGGAUUCUAACAGAAUUCCACUGAAUGGACUGACACCUUUUUAUAAGGGGAUUUUUUUGUGGAGCUUUUUUGAAAAGAGAAGAGUGGUUUCUGGGUCUUCUCUGUUUUGGUUACUAGAAGAACAGACUGUGUUUGGAGCCAGGUUGGAUGUAUCCAAUGAAAUUGCAUUUGGGUUUGAAAAUGUAAUGUGUACUUCAAAAAAGGUGAAGUUGUGUGAUCUGAUAGCUGAGGGAGGGACUGACUUAAAUAACUCGCAAGGGGUAGCAUCUGGUCUAAAAUUAAAAUCGGAAAGAUUGGCAAGAAAAUUUUUGAAAGUUUUAAAACAGAGACUUACGAUGGAAGAAAAUUUUCUACUUGUGAGGUAUGGGGAAGGGAGAAUUUCUCCAAACAAUAAAGAUCCUUUUCCUGAAGUUUUCUUUUCUCCUGAUCUUAAAGGAGCUAGUGGGGGGAUGUUGGAGAACUUGGAAGAUUCAAGUAUUCACAAGGCUGACCGUAAGAAAUUGUAUCGAAACUGUGUUAAAGUUUUAAAUAAGAAAGUGUUAAAUGGAAGAGUAGACACUGUUUGGAGAGACAAAUUUGGCUUGGAUCAGAGUAUAAAACCGGUAUGGAGAGUGUUGUAUAAACCUCCUUUGGGAAAAGGAGUGGGGGAUCUUCAAUGGAGGAUUUUACACGGGGCAGUUGCUGUCAAUGCUUUUAUAAGUGUUAUUAAUCCUAAUGUGUCUAAUGGGUGUCCUUUUUGUAAAAAAAGGGAGACAAUAUUUCAUUGUUUUAUGGAGUGUUCAAGGUUGGGUUAUUUUUUUGAUUUUCUUAAAUUUUUGUUUAACAGUUUAAAUGAAGGUUUUACGGUUCAGAGUUUUAUUCUUGGUUACCGAUAUGUAGCAAAAAAAAAAAAAAGAAUAAAAUGUCAACUUUUAAA